CUCAGGUGUGAUCGACGUAUAAUCGAGCUUCAGUUCGUCUCAUUCGAUUUUUCCCCUUUCUAUCGUUUCUUUCUUUUUCUGCGACCGCGUAGUUUCGUGGGCUCGUCACGUCGAGCAGGAAAAUUGUAGUCAUUUAAAAAAGAAGAACAGACAGCCGAGCAGGAUGCGCUCCCAGACCAUCGUUCUAAUCGUGUUCGGAAUACUAGCCGUGGCCUUGUCUUCGCCAGUACCAGGCUACCAUGGUUCGCACCAGCACGUCCGUAUCCAUGUGCCUUAUCACGUGCAUACGGUUCAUCAUCAUCACGUGAAGAAGAUACCAGUGCAUCACGUAGAGAAGGUGCCCGUCCCUGUUCCAAUUCCUAUCCAUCACGUGCAAAAGGUGCCCGUUCCAGUGCCAAUCCAUCACGUCGAAAAGGUGCACGUACCUGUUCCAAUCGUCGAAAAGGUACCUGUACCCAUCCCUGUUCACGAAGAAAAGAAGUGGUGGUAAUGGGAGCGCUUCGCUCUUCGGCUUUAAGUAUUUAGAUUCUAAAAUAAGGGCGUUCGAGUUGCUAAUAGAAUUUCACGACACUCCAUUUUUAUUCUUGCGCAACCAAAUCGUUCCCGGAAGUACGCAGAAGCUACGAGAAGGGAAUAGUACAAAAUGUAACUCGAAUUGCC